CUAUAUUUUUCGCUAUUCCUGAUUCUUUUAUCGUCAUCUGUCUUCUGUCAGUCAACUGCUUUAAAAAAAAAGUAAAAAAGAUUGUCAAUCCCUCAUGUUUAUUGCAAAUUGUUUAAUAAAAGCAAUUCGUGAAGAAACAAAAUUAUUGUUGUAUUUUUCAGUGUGAUCCUAAAAAGUGAACUUCCGCCACUUUGUACUAUAGCGAAAAUCAUGAUCUAUACACCGUCGAAAUUGUAACAGUUCAAGGAACCGUUCCUUGGUAAAGCGACUAUUUCAAUUGUGUCGUGGUUUUCGAAUCGUACAGGAUUGAAUCGUUAAAAAUUACUGAAAUAAUGGCAGAUUCCGCAAGCGAAUCUGAUUCCAGCAGCAUCGACGGAGGGCCAAUAAUGAUGCCCCCCAGUCCGGUAACGAGAGAGCAGCUUCAAAAACGGAUUGAAAGUCUUCAGCAACAAAAUCGGGUGCUUAAAGUAGAACUUGAAACUUACAAAUUGAGGGUCAAAGCUCUACAAGAAGAAAAUAGGGACCUAAAAAAGGCAUCAGUCAUUAUUCAAGCAAAAGCAGAACAAGAAGAGGAAUUCAUCUCCAACACUCUGUUGAAGAAAAUCCAAGCUUUGAAGAAAGAGAAAGAAUCACUAGCCCAUCAUUAUGAACGUGAAGAAGAAUGUCUGACUAAUGAUCUGUCUAGAAAAUUAACUCAGCUACGACAGGAGAAGUGCCGCUUGGAACAGACUCUAGAACAGGAACAGGAAUGUCUUGUCAACAGGUUGAUGAGAAAAAUUGAAAAGUUGGAAGCGGAAACACUAGCCAAGCAAAGCAAUUUGGAACAACUCCGGAGAGAGAAGGUCGAAUUGGAAAAUACACUGGAGCAAGAGCAAGAGGCACUCGUCAACAAAUUGUGGAAACGAAUGGAUAAAUUGGAGGCAGAGAAACGAAUGUUGCAAAUAAAACUUGAUCAACCCGUAUCAGACCCUGCCAGUCCAAGAGAUAUUAGCAAUGGAGACACUGCAACAAAUCUGAGUGCCCAUAUCCAGACCUUGCGGCAGGAAGUUGCUCGUCUUAGACAGAAUUUGGCAAUCAGUCAGCAGGAACAUACACAAAAAAUGCAACGCUAUGCGCAAGAGGAGCGUAACAUCAAAGAAGAAAACCUUAGGUUGCAGAGGAAGCUGCAGUUGGAAGUAGAACGGAGGGAAGCCUUGUGCAGACAUCUGUCUGAAAGUGAGAGUUCCCUGGAAAUGGAAGAAGAGAGACAUUACAACGAGCAAGUUCUAGGAGUUAGGCAACAUACUGUUUCACCCAUUCCUUAUAAUCCUUCACCUAGUCAGAGUCGUCCUUUAAGCCCAGGACUAUCUCAGAUGCAGGCCCCUUCUCCCCGCGAUAGUCUGAUGGCCGUAGUAUUACCGCGUUGCCAUUCAUGCGGUCAGCAGGUACCCCCACCAUCGGGAGUGGCAAUGGCGCAGAACAGCCCGCCAGCACCCCCACAUCGUAGGCCAUCCGAGCGUUUCGUUAAACCAGCUGUGCCUGCCCCAAAUCCCACUCCGACAGCUAUUGUAGCAGUCUCCAGCAACAUUCAACCCGCCAGCCCAAUGGAUACUAGCGUUAGCAAAGAUUAAUAGGUGUUUUUAGAAAAGUUUCUCAAGUUUAACCUUGCGCACGAUUUUGGCAGUUACCCACACAAUGGUGGAAAUGCUUUUCUUCCUUUGAAUACACACAUGGUAUGGUUUUCAAUAAUUAAGAGUUUCAGUUUUGGUUGAAAAUUUGUAACUUCAUUUUUUCUCUGGUCUCAUAUAUAUUAUACUCGUACUAUUAUACCUUCAAAGAGUAUAGACACAACUUUUUCUGAGUGGUCUUUUUCCAAUUUUUAUUAAAUGUCUGUUUGAUUCUUGUGAUGUUAGUUAUUCUUGGCGCAGCCAUUUAAUAUUUGCCAAGUGUACAGCCUUCUUGUGAUAAAAAUUUUAAAAAGAUUAAAAAAAUUACUGGGUGUUAAUAUUAGGUUUUUGAUAUUUUGCGCAUGGCUUGCUUGGCUUCGCAAGUUUGUAAUUAAAGUAACUUCUAAUGUUUCCUUGUUAUUUUUUUGUUGGUAACUCAAAAAUUGUUCGACUCUGUCACAACAGGGAUGCUUAGCAAAGUUGAUAUGGGUUGCCUGGUAAGUUGAACAAUAAGAGGAUAUGUCUAUAACAGCUCCAGAAGAAGAAGCCGUUAUAAGCAAUUAUCUCUGAGAUGCUUUAUUUAAAAAAAAAAUGAACAAUCAGCCCUUAAAGAUUGACCUGUAUAAUAAAAUGAAAUAAUAAAUUGUGCUAGUGUUAAACACAUAAAUAAUGUGUAACACUAAACGUGAUUUAAGUGCUACACUAACUGAUUAACUAUGAUAAUUUUCCACGGGUAGUUAGUUACAAAGUUAAAAAAAUAAUAAAUUUUCCAAUCAAGACAAUUUUGUCAUUGUGGAUCAUUGGAUGUUGGCCACAAAAACAUACAAAACAGCAUGCUAACAAAGUUAAGUCUUAGAUAUAAAAUAUAAUUUCCAAUAUACCCCAAAAAAUUGUAUACCAUGAAAAUAUUGUAAUUAAAUUGCAAACUAUACUUUUUACUUCUCUCUACUCUCAGAAUUACCAGGCAUCCUGUCUAAACCUUGAUAGGUUUACAGUUAAAACUGAUAUAUUUUUAGGUUACAUGUUUUGAUUUUAGAAGGUGACACAUUUUACCUUCUACUGAGAUGCUUUACUCAAUCUAUAGUUAUGUAUUCAAAUACGUUAGCAACUUAGUUAAAACUAGAAGAAAAUUUUAGAUAGAUUUUUGAAAACAAAUUGUUUUUAGUUCUCUAAAAAUAUUUAGGAGAUAAUAGAGUGAACCCCAAAAAUUUACUUGAAAUGCCAUAUUUUUAAAAUGGAAAUAUACACUAAAACUCCUGCUAUUCAGUUUGGAGUAAAUUAGCUUUACUUUGUAAAACCACCCUCCAAAGGUUGUUUUUUAUGUCCUGGAUAAGAUAAAUACUUGUCACAUUGUGAAGGGGAAUUUUCUUAGCACUAAGAUUUUCGUAAUGUUUUUUUAAUUAUAUUUCCUUUUUUAGUUUUUACAAGAAUUUAAGAUUAGGGUAUGGUGGAUAUAUCAAUCUUUCUGAUGUAAAAUACUGAACCAACUGAUUUGGACUUGCUUUAACCCCUAACAUAUUUAAACUACAUCCUUUUGGAGAAACUUUUAUAUAUGCUUUUAAAUUUAUGAAAUUAUUUUGUACUUGGAAAAUGUUUGCAUUUUUCUUCAAUUUAUUCUGUUGUCAUUUUUGUCGUGAGCAUCAGAACUUUUAUUUUUUAUUUGUUAUUGUAUAAUUUGUAACCGCAAAAUGUAGGA